GACCUGAUCACGCUUACUUGGGAGAGCACGCGCCGCCGCAGUAGCGAGGGUCAGGCCGCCGGGGAGGAAGCGGCUGUCGCGCCCGCGAGCUCGUGAGCAAACGGGCCGAGCGGACCGCGGGUUGGUACUUAGACUCCUGCCGCGGCGGCAGGUCCCUCCACGUGGUUUUGGCCGCGACAUGGAGCUGGAGGAGUUGGGGAUCCGAGAAGAAUGUGGCGUGUUCGGGUGCAUCGCCUCAGGAGAGUGGCCCACGCAGCUAGAUGUGCCUCAUGUGAUCACCCUGGGACUGGUGGGGCUGCAGCACCGGGGUCAGGAGAGUGCUGGUAUUGUGACCAGUGAUGGGAAUUCAGUACCAACAUUCAGAACACACAAGGGAAUGGGUCUUGUAAACCACGUCUUUACUGAAGACAGCUUGAAGAAAUUAUAUAUUUCAAAUCUUGGAAUUGGACACACGAGAUAUGCCACUACAGGAAACUGUGAAUUAGAAAAUUGUCAGCCUUUUGUUGUUGAAACACUUCAUGGGAAAAUAGCUGUGGCACAUAACGGUGAAUUGGUAAAUGCUGUUCAAUUAAGGAGAAAGCUUCUGCGUCAUGGUAUUGGUCUGUCAACAAGUUCUGAUAGUGAAAUGAUUACCCAGUUACUGGCAUAUACUCCUCCUCAGGAACAAGAUGGCACCCCAGACUGGGUAGCAAGGAUAAAAAACUUAAUGAAGGAAGCACCUACAGCAUACUCCCUACUUAUAAUGCACAGAGAUGUUAUUUAUGCAGUACGAGACCCUUAUGGAAAUCGUCCUCUAUGCAUUGGUCGUCUUAUUCCUGUAUCUGAUAUAAAUGAUAAAGAGAAAAAAUCUUCAGAAACAGAAGGAUGGGUGGUAUCUUCAGAAUCUUGUAGCUUUUUAUCAAUUGGUGCAAGAUACUACCGUGAAGUCUUGCCUGGAGAAAUUGUGGAAAUAUCCAAACAUAAUAUACAAACUCUUGAUAUUAUACCAAGGUCUGAAGGAAAUCCAAUGGCUUUUUGUAUCUUUGAAUAUGUGUAUUUUGCAAGACCAGAUAGUAUAUUUGAAGAGCAAAUGGUUUACACAGUAAGAUACCGUUGUGGUCAGCGGCUGGCAAUUGAGGCACCUGUGGAUGCUGAUUUGGUUAGCACUGUUCCAGAAUCUGCGACACCUGCUGCUCUUGGUUAUGCUGGAAAGUGUGGGCUUCCGUAUGUGGAGGUGCUGUGUAAAAACCGGUAUGUUGGAAGAACCUUCAUUCAGCCAAACAUGAGGUUAAGACAGCUUGGUGUUGCAAAAAAAUUCGGAGUAUUAUCAGACAACUUCAAAGGCAAAAGAAUUGUUCUUAUAGAUGAUUCAAUUGUGAGAGGCAAUACCAUCUCACCCAUAAUCAAAUUGCUCAAAGAAUCUGGUGCAAAAGAGGUACACAUUCGAGUAGCUUCACCACCAAUUAGAUUUCCAUGUUUUAUGGGAAUAAACAUACCAACAAAAGAAGAGCUUAUUGCCAAUAAACCAGAAUUUGAGCAUCUUGCAAAAUAUCUAGGAGCAAACAGUGUUGUGUAUCUGUCAGUAGAAGGACUGGUUUCAUCUGUACAAGAAGGGAUAAAAUUAAAAAAACAGAAAGUGAGAAAACAAGGUAUUAUGAUUCAAGAGAAUGGGAAUGGUCUGGAAUGUUUUGAAAAGAAUGGUCAUUGUACAGCCUGUCUCACUGGAAAAUACCCUGUGGAAUUGGAAUGGUAGUUGGUAGGGGCAAAUAAAAUGUUUAAAGAUAUAAAGUUGGUCAAGCAGUUACAGGGUUAUACUCUAUCCAUUUACUGUUACUUAGUUGUUACAAUGUAAAUUCCACACAUUUAUGUUCACUUUUAUAAGUUGCGAUAUUUUUUUCUGGAGAGUACCAAAGUGCUAUGCUUUCUUUAAUAAUCCUAGAUAUUUUGUUGUUAUCUAGGAACUUGGAUGAUCCUUUUAGUUUUAUUUACUAGUUUAGUACUUUGAGGCUAACAAUUGUAUACAUUUGAUUUCAGAUCAUCAGCAGUAAUACCAACACUAGGUAAAUUUCUGUUUUAGAGGGGACUGCUAGUUAUUUUACCUACCCACAGAUUCUUAGGGAAUUUGUGGAAUGUUUCUUGAGAGUUACUGAAAUUCAUUUGUCGAAUAGUUUCAUAAUUGAGUCUUGCUAAUUGCAUAUAAUGCAAUAUCGGUAUUUUUUUUAUUUACGCAAGCAUCAGCUAGCCUUUUUCACUUGGUCAGAGAAGGCAGGUGGUAAGUGGCAUUUGCCAGAUCCAUGCUUUAAAGAGUUUGCAAGAGGUUAGGCAAAGAUGGUAUGAUAUAAACAGGACAGGUGAGUUAAAUAAAACAUUUCACACAAACCUUGAAUCCAUUAUAUCCCCAAAGUGUCAAGCCUCUAUAGGUGUGACUAUAAUCAUGAACUUGGCUUCCCUAAUUUUAGACAACUCUUUACCAAAAAAAAUGCCUUUUUGUGUGUUCUCCCCACCCCCCAAUGCAAUGGGGUACUUAUAUUACAAAAUCUUUUAAUUAAUAGGAAUGUGAAUAAAUGUCAUGCUUUUGGUGGUUAGAGCCAGUUAUUUCAUCCCCUCAGUUUUAAGAUAGCGUAUGAUUAUUAACUUCUAAAAUGUUGGCUAUUAGUCUGCAUUUGAGAUUUCAUUAUGAUGAAGGGAGACAUACAGAUUAGCAGUGCUUUGCCAUCUAUCUUUGACAUGCCCUAAGAAUGAUUGUAAAAACAUCUCUGGGAAAAAGGUUUCCUGCAUUUGAACAGAAGUAUGAUCCAUAUUACUUAGUGCCCUCAUAGUAUAAUCCCAGCAAGUAACCUAGUACAUUUGAAGUAAAAAAUACUUUUAAAUUCUAACAAACCUUUUAUUCUUAUUAAUUAUAUGCUUUUUUUAAAUGAAGUACUUGAUUACUUACAAACAUAUAUACAUAUAUAUGUAUGUACACAUACAUAUCAUUGCAAUUAAAUGAUCAAGUAGAAACACUGUAGGGGCCAAUUUUGUUUAAGAGAGACAGCUACUAUUUUGGAAUUAGCCCAUCUAAUUCCAAGCAUCAACUUACCACUUUUUUCUACUUUGUUUUAUUAGGAUCUAAUGAAUUCAGUUUUUUGGAAAUUUUUUUCUUGUAACAUCUGAGGCUUAAAAUUUUGACAGCUUCCCCCCAACUCCUGUUUAUGUAAGAUUUUAAAACAAAAGUGUUUGUUUCUGUGUGAAAAUACCAUAAUCUGCUGUAUAUAAUGUUCAUCCAUUUAGAAAUUUAAUAUUUAUUAAUAACUGAAAUCAUUUGUCUUCAUUUGGUAUAUUGUUUCACAUGUUUCUUAUGGCAAGUCAACAUAAAACCUUGACAGCUCUUUAAGCCCACUUGCAGCAUACAGCAGUGGCUCAGAUAACCUUGUGGCAGUGACAAGCAAAUUGGCAUUUGAGUAAAGCCCUGGGACCAUUUGAGCAUGUAGACUCUUGUCUUAAAUGUAUUCCUCAUAUCAGUGCAGAAGAGGCAAGAUCUACAGGUCAAUUUUCAACUGGCCUUACUUACAUUUGAUUUUAAAAAAUUAGAGACUCAGGGAAAGUACUAAACCAAAAUCUCUGACUUCUGUGUUUUCCAUAGUUGUGUUUUGUUUUGCGGAAAUGCUUUUAUAAAGAAAGGUGAUACUGUGACAGUUUGGUACUUCUGCAGAUUUCCUAAUGUUUCUCCAUCAUGGCCUUUUAUUUCACAGCUUCCUGAAGCCUGAAAUAAACUACAGUUUUUUACCAAUUUAAUCUCAAAUGUGUAAUUGCUUUAAAUUUAUAUAAGUAGUGUAUUGUAAAAUGGCGAGAAAACGAAAAAUGGACUUUCACAGGAUCUAUAUUGUGAACUGAACUAAGCCCACUUUUUGUGUGAAUUCAUUGUGAUGUGUUGAUGACAAAUAUAUGUAAUAAGUAUUUAAAAA